UCCAACUCUUUGCAUAUAAAUAUUAGCUAAAGCAAUCAAUCCCUAAUCUGUUUCACUGAAACUGUCUUGACGAGAAAGUUUUAAAAAUCAAAAGAAAACUUGUGUCCAGGGAAAAAGAUGAUCCGCUUCACCAAGAUAACAUCAGGGAGAUCAGAGAUGAGGCGUGGAAGUAACUUGAGUGACAAGACAAAUGUUAAUGAAGAAUACAAGGAAGCUUUUAGAACCAAGUCUUAUGUGGAAAUGUGGAGUCAAGUUCAUGGGCAGUUUAAUCAAAUUACUAGCUUUGAUACACUCCCUUCAACGUCAUCGAUUCCUGGUCAUCAAAUAAACCUGUCGGAGUACCUGCUUAAACCAAGGCAAGAAACACUAGAUAAAAUAGAGAGCUUGAAUGUUCAUCACCUUCUUCUAGACUAUUUCGAUGCUGGCUUGGAAGCUUGUAAUUUGUGUGAACUACUCCUUCGAAGCAUCCAUCAAACGCGCGUAUAUUAUCAAAAGAUUAGAAAGGUGAUCAAGAUAAGCAAGAGGGUUCAAGAUUUUUCGGAUGAACAAUGCAGCGUCAUACUCAAGGAGCUAAAAGGAUUUGCAUUGCUUAAAAAUCCAUUGUCGAUCAUUACUCCACCGCAAUUUCGGAAGAUUCAUGAGAAUAACCUGGAUUUGUUCCGAAAGCUAACAUCCAAACGUGAAAAGAUAAAACGGAAAGCCAAAUCCAAAAAGAUCUCCAAACAGAUUGGGAGUCUUUGUUUAGUAAUUUCUAAUACAACUCUCGUGAUUGCCUUGCUCAUACUUGCAUUCCACAGCAUGAUUGGGAUUGUAGCAGCACCGGGGGUUGCCGCCUGGUUUAUCGGCAUAAGGAAGAAGAAGAAGAAAACCGGGUCAUCAUCUAUUCAGCAAGGGCAUAACACAAGCUUGCUUGAAAGACUUGGUGAGCAACUUGAUAUCUCAGCUAAAGGGAUUUACAUUUUGAUCAAUGAUUUCGAUACCAUAAGUAGACUGGUAUGGAGACUGCACGAUGAGAUCGAGCACCUUAAAGCCAUAGCUAAUAUGUGCAUUAGAAAUGGAAAGAUUGAGGUACUGAAGGAGGUUGUAAGGGAAUUUCGAAUGCACAAUUCAAGCUUCUUGGAACAACUGAAAGAGCUUGAGGAACAUACUAAGUUAUGUUUUCAUACGAUUAACAGAUCCAGAAGGCACGUUAUAGAAGAAAUAGUCGAUUCGCUGCCAUAGUUUAUCUAUGCUUUCAAGCAUAAUCCUUGGUAAUGCUCAUAGAGUGAAGUGAAGACAUUGAUCAUGGCAUGAUUAUGUGCCUUGAAGAUUGAAGGUCUGUCAAUUCUCCGGCUUUACAGUUAUCAAGGUAAAAGAAUUGACUGCUAUAGAGUUCAGCCAUGCCGGUUCUUUUAUUUCCUGUUCGGAUCAAGAAUUGUUUCAUUCUUUGUAUAAAUAUAUAUAUACAUAUAUAAUAUA